AUGAACGGCGAGCUCAACGGUUUCCAUAACAACUUGCACGUCGACGACGACUGCUUCCUCUUCACCUCCGAAUCUGUUGGAGAAGGCCACCCCGAUAAGAUAUGUGACCAAAUUAGCGAUGCUGUUUUGGAUGCACACCUCUCCCAAGACCCUGAUGCCAAAGUAGCGUGUGAGACAGUCGCUAAGACGGGGAUGAUCCUGCUAGCUGGGGAGAUCACCUCUAGGGCUGUGGUAGACUACCAGAAGAUUGUACGAGAGACAAUCAAGCACAUCGGCUAUGAUGACUCUUCCAAAGGCUUCGACUACAAGACCUGCAAUGUGCUGGUGGCUUUGGAGCAGCAGUCCUCCGACAUCGCUCAAGGCGUUCACCUGGACCGUAAAGAGGAGGACGUGGGCGCCGGCGACCAGGGUCUGAUGUUCGGGUAUGCCACUGAUGAAACUGAGGAAUGUAUGCCUCUUACCAUCGUCCUGGCCCACAAGCUAAAUGCCAAAAUGGCCGAAUUACGCCGGGACGGAACGCUGCCGUGGCUCCGACCGGAUUCCAAAACUCAGGUCACAGUGCAGUACAGAACAGACCGCGGCGCCGUGGUGCCAUUGCGAGUCCACACCAUCGUGAUCUCCGUACAGCACGACGAGUUUGUCAGUCUUGAGGAAAUGCGACGCAGUCUGAAAGAACAUGUGGUCAAAGUGGUUGUCCCUCCCGGCUACCUGGAUGAGAAGACAAUCUAUCACCUUCAGCCUAGCGGUCGCUUUGUCAUCGGGGGGCCGCAGGGUGACGCCGGUUUGACCGGGCGCAAGAUCAUCGUGGACACUUACGGCGGCUGGGGGGCCCACGGAGGCGGAGCUUUUUCCGGAAAGGACUAUACCAAGGUGGACCGCUCUGCCGCGUAUGCCGCUCGCUGGGUGGCCAAGUCCCUGGUGAAAGCGGGACUGUGCAGGCGCGUUUUGGUCCAGGUGUCUUACGCCAUCGGAGUAGCGCAACCGCUCUCCGUCUCCAUCUUCCACUACGGCACGUCCCAGAAGAACGAGCGUGAGCUGUUGGACAUUGUGAGGAAGAAUUUCGACCUGCGUCCAGGAGUCAUCGUCAGAGAGUUGGACUUGAAGAAGCCCAUCUACCAGCGCACUGCGGCUUACGGUCACUUCGGUCGCGUUCUCUUUCCGUGGGAGGUUCCCAAGGAGCUCAAAUAUUAG